GGGGGGUGGGGAUCUCCCCGCCGCCGCCUGAGGAAUGUCAACUAUUCAACAUGGAGACGGCGGUUACCAGGCUCGAGACCCUGUUCCAGAAAGCAGAAUCUGAUCUGGAUUAUAUUCAGCGCAGAGUGGAGUUUGAAAUAAUGAAAAGUCUUCCUGAGGAUACAGCACCAGAGGAGGACCCAGCUGCUCUCCUGAGGGAGAUCCCAGUGCUGAAAUCCAGGUACAAAUCCCUGUGUGCCCGGAUGGAGAAGAUUUCCCUGGAGCGCAGGGAAACCAUGGAGAGCAUCCGUGCUGCCCUGGGGAAAGCCAUGGAGAUUGAGCAGGCACUGCAGCAGCAAACCCAGCUGAAGAACUCACCUCUGUCAGCAGCAGAACAGACUGCAGCCCAGCUGUUAAACCUGAAAACUGGGAAAGAAAUGGAAUUUUCAGUGCAAGAGCCAUCCUCCCCAGGAUCUACAGACCCUGGCUCAGAUGAAGAAGCCCAGUUCACCCCAUUGACUAAGGAAGCAUUUCUGAGUGUGCCCAGGAGCAGAAGAAGCAUUGCCAAGUUAGCAGACUUGAAUAAUUUUUACAAGGAGUUAUUUAACCAAGAGAGCAGCACUGAGUCUUUCACAGAUGAAGAAGAUGAAUAUGAAAGCCACUGACUCAAGAAUUCGAAUCCUGGAAGAACUGGGGAUUGUGGAACUCGACAAACAAGGAAAUGUUAAAUUAGCUGUGUGAGAGAAAACUCAUCUGCCACAGAAUCAUCCUGGUGCAGCUCCUGAGUUAUUGAGGAACAAGAAUUUCUCUGGAGGAAGAGUUCCACUGUAGGGAAGUUGUUCAUGUUUCUGUAUAAAUAUUCUGUUGGUAAUACCUGAAAUUGGAGAGUUCAAGGUCGCUGAGGUUGGCACUCAACCUUGGCUGUUUAAGGGAUUUAUUAUGGGAUUUUUUUUAUUAUGGGAUUUCUUUAAGGGAUUGUGGUUGAUGCAUUUUUAAGGAAUGUUGUGAGCCAUGUUCCACUUUCCUGCUGCAUUCCUGAGGGGGUUUUAAAGGCAAAUAAUCCAAGCCUCUCAAUUGUCCUUGCAUUCCUGAAUAAAGAUUUAUUUUACUUUUGUUGAAGUGACUCCUGACCCUGA